AUGUGCGCGUGUCCCUGUUCCGGAGGGAGUAGACCACCUCAGACCAAAGACCCCGAUUCUUGCCCAGCUCCAGGUGCGGGUAAUGGAGGCGGUGGCGGUGGUCGUGGCGGUGGUGCCGGUGCUGCUCCCAACCAGAAGCGUCAACCCUGUGGUCCCAAGCCUUGCGGCGGAACUCAAUGCAAGAAAUGCGGAAAGGGUGGCAAAGGCGGCCCUGGAGGAAAGGGCGGCCCUGGGGGCAAAGGUGGCCCCAACAGCAGAAACGGACCAGGCGGUGGCUCCGGAGGACCCGGUGGACCUUUGGGUCUAAGGGCGCCACCGGAUAAUCGAGGUCCAGCGGCUCUGGGAUUAGCUGCUCUGCUCUUUGCCGUCGGGGUCUUUCUUACAGUAAGACUGGGCAUCGUGGCCAAUGAAAUCGGAUGAACCAGGCUUCUAACCCAGCGAGGAAUUCACUCAAGCAA